UCUCUUAUGGUUUGUACUCAGAAAGUUUGAUUUGUAACCGCCUUGAUAAGCAGCAAAAGAAAAACAAAGAGCUUUCAACAGACAUGAUUUGUGACUGCAGUUCUUGUCUUCCAUGCCAUGACUUAGAUUAAGAAUGCUUACAAAAAUAAGAGGACAUGAAGAAUAAGUUGCAGAAAAAACAGUGAUUGCAGUAAAGCAGGCAAAAUUAAUACUAGGUAGAAACAGCCUGAAAGUAGGUGGUGAUGGCACUGUCUUGUCUGUUUAUGCUUUGUUGUUCCAAUGGAGAUCACCACUGAACAUUCAAUUCCCUUGGAUAUUCUUGAUGACCUUGGCAGUCGUUUUAUAAUCAAUGUUCCUGUGGAAGAGAGAAAAGAUUUGGUGAGGAUUUGUUUUCAAAUUGAACUUGCACAUUGGUACUACAUUGAUUUUUAUUGUGCAGAUGACAAAGUGGAAAAAAAGCUGAAGCCAUGUGGUAUGAAAGAGUUUACUGCCCAUAUGUUUCAACACAUACCAUUCCUGAAACCACAUUCAAAAAACCUUGAUUCAAUAUUGGAACAAUGGCGAGAUUAUAAGCAGGCUGUACCAACAUAUGGUGCCAUAUUACUCAAUGAAGAUCUUUCACAAGUUCUUCUUGUCCAGAGUUAUUGGUCUAAAACAUCCUGGGGUUUUCCUAAAGGCAAAGUGAAUGAGGAGGAAGAUCCAAUACGCUGUGCUGCCAGAGAGGUUUUAGAAGAAACUGGCUUUGAUAUGAGCAAGAUGAUUGAUAAGAAUGAGUAUAUUGAAUCAACAAUUAAUGAUCAAUUGGUACGUCUCUACAUCAUAUCUGGGAUCCCACAGGACACAAAGUUUCAGCCUCGGACCCGAAAUGAGAUUAGGAGCAUCGAAUGGUUUACGAUUGCCGAACUUCCAUCCAGUAAGAAGGACAAUUUGCCAAAACUUAAAAUAGGUGUUGCACCAAGUGGAUUAUUCAUGGUUAUGCCAUUUGUUAAACGGUUGAAGAGGUGGAUUUUUGAUAAGCAACAAAAGGGAGCGCAAGGAACAAGAAGACACAGGCACAGAUCAGUGGGUGAUGCUGAAACAAAUCUGCCUAAGAACAAAAAGCAACAGCAGCAAUUUGCUCAAGCUAUUCAGGCUGAGAUACAAGAUUUUCAGUUGAUGCGUCAGCAAAAAGCAUCUAAUUCUUCUCCUCCACGAAAUAUACGUCGCCAGGAGAAUUCCCGAACCUUUAAGCCAAGCUUCAAGCGACAGUUAUUUGUUAAUGAGGAAGAGAGAUCGCGGAAUCGACACCAGCACCAUAAUAGUAGCGGUACAUCUUCUAGUACUGGAACAGGUCAUGAAAAGAAUAAUCCUGAUUUCUUGCAAUUCAGUGCUGCAUCAUGGCUGAAUUUCAGGUUUGACCAGCGAGCAAUCUUGGACUGCCUCACUACAUGAGUGUCAUUUCUUUUCCAAUCAAGUAAUUGUUGUUAUGAUCUCUUAAUGUCACAUUACAAGGUAUAUUGAAACACUGUAUUUGUACUUAUGGUACUAGUCUCUUUUGGUACAGUUUAAGCUCUCUUGUGCCACUGAAUGAGUUGUAUAAGUACUGGCUUAUGUUUUUAAAUGUAACAAGUAUUUUUUAGAUAUGCAUUCUUUAAUUUGGGAUUUGAAGCAGAAACAGACAUGAUGCCAGGUAGCUUGUACUGUGCUGGAGACAACUGGAAUGUGUGAUAUCAGCUAUGAAUGUAAACAGUUUUGUUUUCUCCAACAAAUCAGAAUAACUAUUUGUAUAUCAUGGUUCUUUUAUUUGUGAGAACUGCUUUAAAAUGAUCUGAACUCUUUGUAGUCCAUAAUUAGGAAAUCUAUAUGGAAAACCAAACAGUCCAAAUUGUAUGUUAUAGCCAGAACUCUGAACCAUGCAAAAGAAAAGAAAGAAAUGGUCAGAUGCAACCUUCACUUUUACCCCCAUAAGAGACAUGUACUUAAAACUGACAAGGUAUAUUAUUAUUCCACAAAGAGUGAAAGUAAGACACAACAGAAUGCUGUUUGUUCUGUGCAUGUUUUUAUUUUUUUAAAAUAAUUUUUCAAGUUUUUAACCUGUCAGUACAAUCAUUAUUAUUCAUAACAACAUAUAUGCUAAUCAGUAUAUGUGUCAUUCGGUGUUCAAUGUAAAAGAGAAAUACAGUAAAACUUCAGACUUCA